CCUUUAUUCUUAAGCUGGCGUGAGGGCAGGCGGGCAGUUCAACAGGGGGAAAGCCAAGCCCAGAACUGCCAUGACCAGGUCCGGCCAGUAUGUGGUGGCGGGCACACAAGAGGACCCCCCGGCCAAGACAGCGUCUACUGGGAAUUUGCCGUCUUCGAGCUCGUCCUCCGAGGAAGCCAUGCAGUUGAAGAAGGAGAUCUCGCUACUCAACGGCGUCUGUCUGAUCGUGGGCAACAUGAUCGGCUCGGGCAUCUUCGUCUCGCCCAAGGGGGUCUUGUCCUACAGCGCCUCUUACGGACUCUCCCUCGUCAUCUGGGCCAUCGGGGGUCUCUUCUCCGUCUUCGGGGCCCUCUGCUAUGCCGAGCUGGGCACCACCAUCAAAAAGUCGGGGGCCAGCUACGCCUACAUCUUGGAGGCCUUCGGCCAGCUGCCAGCCUUCAUCCGCCUUUGGACCUCCCUGCUCAUCAUCGAGCCCACCAGCCAAGCGGUCAUCGCCAUCACUUUCGCCAACUACUUGGUCCAGCCGUUUUUCCCGUCCUGUGAGGCGCCGUACCUGGCUGGACGUCUCCUGGCUGCUGUCUGCAUCU